AUGACAUCUCCAACUUUAUUGGUUGACUUCCCAGCGGUUAUCAAAUCCAAAGUGUUGGAGAAACUUGACAUUUUUUCGAUUUUGCAACUUCGAAAAGUUUGCCACGGCCUUCGUGAAUUUAUUGACAAGAGCCAAUCAAAAGCAACCGACACAGUGAUCGACCUUAAUUUGAAAGGAAGCUCAAUUGAAAUUGCUUUAACUCUCCAGGAGACCAAACGAAUUUAUUUAUACAAUAACGAGAAUUUAUGUACCAUGUCAUGGGGUUAUCUUGAUGACUUUAAUUCGAUAACUUUCGAAAACGAAUGCUAUAUUGAUGUGUUUCUAAGAGAAUUCGAAGCAAUUAUGAAACACCAUUGGCGACCUGUAUUGGACUCUGUCUCAGUGGAAAUGUAUGGAAACAGGGACUACUCGAAUCUUCAUAAUAUGUUGAACAAACUCAAAUAUCUCCAUUCCGAAAAAGUCAGCUUCGAAGAUUGCAAUCCCAUUCAAAUUAGAGAGAUGUUUUCAUUUUUCGACGUGAAAUGUUUGAAUAAAAUUGUUAUCGAAGAUUGUUUCAAGAAGACAGCGGAUGAAGAUUUGCUUCCAAUCACCAGCACGGAGCACUGGAAAUCUGCGAGAUGUGUGGUAUAUAGAGGGAAAGAUUUCGAUCUUAAAAUCCAAGAUUUUCUUCAUUUUUCGGAUGUGGAAAUUAAAUGCAACUCGACCCCAAUACAGGAUAUUGCUUCAUUAAAAGAGGAAUUCCUCAAAUCUCCCACACUAACUCGGUUUGUAAUCAAAAAUUACUACUACCCUACUGAACGACUAUCUGCCGUUUUUGGAGAUCCAUCCACUCAAAGUGACAAUGAAUGGUUCUUCAGGAUUCCGAACUCCGAAGAUGUGGUUCAUCUGACUGAAAGUUUACUUGACAUCAGUUUUAGUCGGAUAAAAAAUAAAGAUGUUCCAGUUGGAGCUGUUAUCAAGUAUUGA